AUGGAGCCAUCAAAAAAGGGUCCCGUCUCCAACACUCUGGUGUUUUCAUUAAUAGCUUUAUCCUUUGCUCUUUGUUUCGUGGCACUGAUCCACGUCGAGAUCGAGCUUCACGCUCAUCGACAAAUGCUUCAAGUUUUGACUCAACAGAGAGAGGAAAAUGUCCACUCACUACGUACUGUGGACGAUAAACUGAUUGCUUCUGUGAUGCCAGUUAGUUAGCCUAGUAAAGGUGAGUGUUUUCAGUAGUGUCUUGUUUUUUCUUUGUUCGGAGAUUUUCGAGACGUUCUUUCGAGAACUCAAUUUCUGAUUGCAUUAUAUGACUUGCGACUGAGGUCUUUCGUCAGAGAAACAAACAUUCUACCAACAUGCACAAUAAAAUCAUUAACACAGUUUUACUGGUUCCGGUAGACAACCCCGGGGUAGAGAACUCAAAAGUUGAAUGCUCUAUCAUAAUAUUUAGAAGCGACUACCUAGAGUAUUGUCGCGUACGUCAUAUCGAAGUCUUCCGGUUCGGCUCAAAAUCCUCAUGCACAAUUUUAAAUGAAGUUGCUCAAUGUUAUUUGUGAUAAAAAUAUUUAGCCUGCAGUGCAAGAUUCCUCGGGGAGAGGGGGUGCGUAAGCACUAAAAUUCAGUUAGUAUGUGCAGUUUUAAAGCACGAGUCUGGGAGGGAGUCGUAGUAUCUCCUCAUUUUGCUCCGUAGUGUGGACUUCAAUACGUAGUGCCAAAACGCGGGAGGAGGAGGGAGGGAGAGGGGGGAAAGAAAAACAAAGAAAGGAGGAAGCCUCUGAGUCCCCUUUCCGUCUAUCCCUUAGCUCCAGCUCUUCCGCCAAGACAAGUGAUGGUAAAGGGCAGUUUCUUACUUUCGAAACUUGAUCAAAGACUAUUCACCACUUUCUCAUAACCAACAGUCGCCCAAAUGAUUUAUUUAGAUGUUUUAAAAAUAUUUUUGUUGAGAAACAAAACAAGUGAUGGAAUCCGAAUCAAGAAUGAUAAUAUAUUAUCACAACACUGUUCGUUAACAAACAGGAACCAAACAGAGACCGAACGACAGAGUCUAAAUUUCUAUCAAAUUGUUUUUGAAAAGAGUAUAGCUGGCUGCUUUUAGAGUCUAAUUCAGGGGGAUGAUUGUAAUUUUGUAACGGCUGUCUUGUCUGUUUUGAGCCGGUGAUACUGGGUAUGGUGCUACUAUAGAAACUUUGGUGUGUAAGGCGGUGAGGACAAGGUGGAGUUAGAGUUAACACAAAUCUUCUCUUCUGUUGCAGAUACACAUAGUCGUCAGAAACGAUACUCAGAAAAUAGAAAUAAGAAAUCUAACGUCAGUGUUAUCAUUACUCAUGAGGACCUCAAUAGGGAAGUUCAGCUGGCCUUGAAUAGAUUGCUCUGCAAGGCGCAUUGCCCGAGGGGGAUCAGAGGAAAAAGAGGCAGGCCCGGUCCCCCCGGCAAACACGGACCAGCCGGACCCCAGGGACCACAGGGGCCUAAAGGUGCUCAAGGAGAUCAGGGGCCUCCUGGACCUGAAGGCGAUCAAGGCCGUCCAGGACCCAAGGGCGAUCCUGGUGAAUCUAUCACAGCCCCUUCUAUUGUGUCACCUCCGGUGUCCAUCGUGGUCAACGAAACCGGUAUAGUGUCACUGCAGUGUGAGGUUAAAGGAAAUCCAACACCUCAACUCACGUGGCUAAAGGAAAACUCCAGCCUUCCCGUGGAUAAAAGAAUCGUGCGAACAAGUGGUGGACUGGUGAUUCGAGAUGUGGCAUCUAGGGAUGGCGGAGUGUAUACGUGCAAAGCAAGUAACAUUCUUGGCGUGGCGACAUCAUCGGCCAAGUUAACUGUCCAAGGUGAUAAUUCGAGGGGCUCGGGGUGGGGGUGAUAAUCCAAUGCUAUAAUAAGAGCUAUAAAAAUUUUCGCUUAUUAUACCAGUCAAAUUGUAAACUGUUAUUUCACGCUGUGGAGUUAGGGAUAUUCGUAUUCAGACUGUAGCAAAUUUUACCAAUUUAAAAGCUCGGCAAAACGUGCUGCGUAAUUUUCCUGUUGACGAACUGCCAACAUGCACAUAAUAUUGUCCUUUGGUCUUACGAAGAGCUUCCUAAUACAUAACGUUUUAGUCAUAUGAAGGAUAGUGCAUAUGCUCAUCGCCGCUUUAAGAGCGGACCAUUAGAAAAGUUAUGGCGGGGGUGAGAAGGUUUUGAGCUGCACGAAUACAGUCAAAUCUCUAUUCAGGGGACACCCUUGCAACCGAGUGUUCUUUGAAUAGAGGCUGGGGUUUGUUAAUAAUUAACCAACAACGAAAACAUACAGAAAUCAUCAUUAACUUAUCUCUCAGACUUUAUAUGUUGGCCGACAAGGUGCUUACCCAGGUUCUUAUCACAUCAAUUUAAAUUUUAUCAAUUUCACUUACAUAGCUAAGUUUUUGAAAGCUUCCACAUUUGUGAUUAGUGCAAACCUGAAGAUAUCAACCCUCUUUGUGGUCAGUCACUUUUUGAGUGCUAAGGUGUCCUCUGAGUGGAGGUUAAACUUGGGUUUUGGGACCCAGAAAAAGUGUUCCUUUUCCCUGAAUAGAGGUUUCCCUUCAAGAGAGGUAUUUCUAGAUACAAAGAAUAUGUGGGUGUUUUUCCGGGACCAAAGUUUGUGUCCCUUGAAUAGAGGUGUCAAUUACUAGAGGUGUCCCAAAUAAAGGAGAGGUUCCACUGUAUUUUUUCGUUAGAAUAUCUCUUAUUUCCUUCGUUAAUUUUCUCUUCAAUGAAUAAAUCUUUCUGUACUUCGCCCCAGCCCCCCACCCCUUUUAUAACUUUUCUAAUGGUCCGUUCCUUAUCGCAUUUGCGUUAAGCUGCGCGUGUGGGGUGACUUCGGACUUGCCUUAGUAAGGCAAGCGGCGUACUGUAAGCACUAAACUGCGAAGAGGCGUGGCAGAGGGUAAGUGAACGGUGAAACGUCUUUUGCCUUUUUAUCAACCCCUAGCGUGUUAACUUUUGAAUAAUUCUUUUUUCUUACUUUUAGAAAACUCUACGAAGGAGAGAGAAAUAUUUUGUUAACUUAGAGCAAUUCAAAUGGUGUAAGAGUUUAUCUCGCAAUAAAAGCUGUCUUAAGUUAGAGAAAGAGGAUGUUUUUAACCCUCAAGAAAACCGGGGGAUAGGCUGUUCAAAACUGUUUUUUUUUUAUUGCAGUGGGAGCCUUAAUUAUUCAAAGGCCGUUAUCUGUAAUGGUUGAAGAAGGAGAGAACAUCACCCUGCAGUGUAAAACUAGUGGUGUACCUAUACCGAUUGUCACGUGGCAAAAAGCGUUUAGCCGGGUACCAAAGAAGAAAACGGCAGUGGAAAAUGGGAGCCUUACAAUACUCAAAGUAGAAAAAGCAGAUGGCGGGACGUAUGCGUGUAGUGCAAAGAAUCUCCUUGGACAUGAUUCCGCAAUCGCACAGGUGACUGUGAUUGACAGGCUCAAGUUUACCCUGACUCCACCCCUUAAAGCUGUUGUCUUGGUGUCUUGCAUGUUGAUGUUGAACUGUGAAGCUCAGGGUGCAAUAGAAAUUGACUGGACUAGAGUGGGAAAGCAUCUUUCACAAAAUCACGUUCUUUACCCAAAUGGUACUUUGCUUCUUACAAACAUUUCACCAAAUGAUGCAGGAUCCUACACGUGA